UCCAUUUUUCGGCUGAUUUGGAAUUCAGCUUAUAUUUUAGCUUUAUGCUAAGGGUUUAGGCUAAAUUAGACAUUCUUUCAAUUUUUUAGGCUGAUUUGGAGAUUAGCUAAUAUUUUAGCUUUAUGCUAGCUGUUUAGGCUAAACUAGACAUUCUUUCAAUUCUUUAGUCUGAUUUGGAGUUUAGCUAAUAUCUUGUCUUUAUGCUAACUGUUUAAGCAAAAUUAGACCUUUCCAUUUUUCGGCUGAUUUGGAGUUUAGCUUAUAUUUUAGCUUUAUGCUAGCUGUUUAGGCUAAAUUAGACAUUCUUUCACUUUUUUAGUCUGAUUUGGAGUUUAGAUCAUAUUUUGUCUCUAUGCUAACUGUUUAAGCUAAAUGAGACCUUCUUUCCAUUUUUCAGCUGAUGUGGAGUUUAGCUAAUAUUUUAGCUUUAUGCUAGCUAUUUAGGCUAAAUUAGACAUUCUUUCAGUUUUGUCGACUGAUUCGGAGUUUAGCUAAUAUUUUCGCUCUAUGCUAGCUGUUUAAGCUAAAUUAGACAUUCUUUCAGUUUUUUUAGGCUAAUUUGGAGUAGAGCUAAUAUCUUAGCAUUAUGGUAGCUAUUUAGGCUAAGGAGGCAACACUUCAAAGCAGGGGUUCAGCGACCCAUCCCUCUCGUGUGUGGACUCACCAAUCAAAGAACCUCAUUGAAACCACACUGGGGUUGGUACUAUCACCUGUCAGAAUCAGGCCUGCUCUGAGAUUGCAGGUGGCUUCAUGAAAAUUCUUCCCGGAAUCGGUUUUCCUCCAAUAAAACGCAUGAGAGUUUUUGCAUAAACAGACUGUUAUAAAACUGUUAGGAGCACCUUUGUGCCACAAACAACCCCUCCCACCCAAGGUGAGUUGGUGCCCAUUCUGCUCUAGUAUCACCCACAUUUAUGACUUUAGAGUGUAACCCCUCCCCCCCAACACACACGGACAUCACGCGCUUCCUGACUGCUCCAAUUAUUCUGAAUCAUUUCACUUAAGGGCCUACAUGCUACCUGGCUGUUGCCCCUCACUGAGGGGGUAAUUAAGGCGGGCUGGUGCCGCACAAAUGCCCUGCAUUUCUGCAUGAGUGGCUGCGCCUCUUAUCUGCUCUCUCGUCAUGAUGGCGUGCGCGCCUCGCCCCCCGCACUCCCACUCCCAGGCUGCCGCCUCUUUUUCUUUUCUUGGUCACAUGUUCAGGUGUUGUCCGUGGGAUGGAGGCACCACACAACAUCUCAGCUGCGGAAGACACGAGCCCAGCGGACGCCAGCUCCAUCAUGGGAAACUGGACGGAUUCAAGCGCCGGGCUCGCAAACAUGGCGCCACACCCAACGUGGUCUACGCCCUCAACCUGUGCCUGGCCAACCUGGGGCUGGUGGUCUGGCUGCCCGUGAAGGCACUAGAGACGAUACUGCAGAGUUGGAGGUUGCCACCGCCCGUCUGCCCUGUGUACAGCUUCUUCUUGUACUCGUCAUUGUACAGCAGCUGCCUCUUCAUCACUGCUGUCACGGUGGGUCGCUACCUGAGCAUCGCGUUUCCCAUCAUCUACAAGAGAUACCGCCAUGCGCGCCUCUCCUUCUACAUCUGCAUCACCUUGUGGGUGGUGGUGAUGUUGCACCUGAGUGUUGGUCUGGUGGCCGAGCGGGGAGGGUACUUCAUCAGCCUCAAGGACGACGAGUUGGCGUGCUACGACCACUUCAACGCGUCGCAACUGGAGGUGCUGCUGCCCCUGCGGCUGGAGAUGGCCAUUGUCCUAUUUCUCCUGCCUCUGAUUGUGACUUCCUUCUGUACACUCCGCUGUGUCACGCUGGUGUGGCGCUCAAAGCUGCCCCCCAUGGGCAAGAGGAGAGUGCUGGCAGUGGCCCUGUCCACGCUGACCGUGUUCAUAGUGUGCUACGCGCCGUACAACGCGUCCCACGUGGUGGGGUUUGUGCAGGGAACAAACGUUGAGUGGAGGUCUUUGGCCAUGCUGACGAGCUCCUGCAACGUCUUCCUGGAGCCCAUGGUCAUGCUGAUGCUCUCGCCGGCUUCAUCCAGAGGUGUCCUGCGAAGAAUCUGUGGCAGGCAGAGCCAAAGAAUCCCUGCCAACGUUUUUACAAAUGUCCGAGCCCUGAACACUCUUUCAGAGAGGAGCCACACAGGAUUGAGCUGAUGGGGACAGGCGGGGGGCUGGACAACCUCUAAGCAGCUCAGGAGAGCUUGAACAACUCACAAAGCCCUGACAUCACUUCUUUCUGCUGACUGGAGCAAAGAUGAGAUGAGACGAGGUUCUUGGCAGGCGUGGGCUCCACCCCAGCUCAGCUCUGUGGGACUUUUCCACCCACGAUCCACUGAUAGAUGCAGAGAUACCACAGAGUUUGAAUUUCUGGGCAGAUUUGGUCCUGAAUCCUCCAUAUGGGUGAACCUACUGAUUAUUUCUGACAUGGUUUCCUCAUGUGCAUGAGUUUCUAUUUGAGCUUUUUGAAUAAACGUUGAUGUUUACACGUGUCUGUGCUGUUUUCUUUGAGUCAUGAACAUUUUUAACAUCCUUACAAACAUCAGCCAGGAAACUCACAAGGGUUUGAAAGAGGAAAAAAAAGUCUGUUUUGUUUGUCCACAAGCACAGCUGACCUGUUCAUUCCAGGAAAACGUGAGGAGGUCCGGUAAUUAGAGUACAUUAUCAAGCUGCUGGGAAAAACAUCUUCAUUAACCUCUUAGCACCAGUAAAUAACCUGAUCGAGUAAAGGGUGCUAAUUUACACCAGUACAAAGACUUGAUUUGCUUUCUUAGACUGAGCAGAGACUUAGAAAUUGUGUUUUUAGUGUUUUUAAAAUGGUAAAUGGCGUAUACUUAUAUCCAUCUACUUAUAUUUGUGCUUUACAGUCACAGACCCAUUCACCCAUUCACACACACAUUCACAAUAUGUUGUUGUGGCAUUUUUCUGAUCAUGGAUACGAUGAAAGUAAAGAUUGAAAUUUAAUUUCGGAAUAUUUCUUUAUUCAAGUCGUAAUUUUUUUAAAAUUUGAAAUCCAUCCAAAACUGUAUGGCUGAAUAGCUCUUAUAUUUCUCGCCAUUUUUAUUGCACCGGUAAUGUAAUGCUGCAUUCACACCGAAUGCGAUUCAUGUGGCCCGCCCCUUCUUCGCUGCAUGGCAAAUUUCCUGCCUGCCGACUGUCAACAAAUUUGUUCCUUAAGCUUGAUGCUGCAGCAUCGUGUGGGAGGAGCAAAGAGCUAAUGUUUUAGCAUGAUCGCUACAUGGAGUGGUGUCUGUGUUUAUCUCAAUUACAAUGUAUUGAAGUCACAGACAAUGUUGAGACAUUAGGUACAAAAACAUCUGUAAUCAUGUCUCCCUGUUUGGGUUUGUGUGAUCAUUCAAAGAUUUUACUGGUACCAGGUGUGUCUAUCUCACUCUGCUAGCAGUAUCUGCGUGACUGCCUGUCUGUCUCUCUGCCUAAGUUUGAAGGCUCACUGUACCGCACCAAGAGGGGAAAAAUAAAAACAAAAAUAAAAUCAUGGUACCUUCUUUUUUUAUUUUCUUGAUGUAAUUAAGAAAAAUAUCAAAGUUCAGGAGGCCUGAGCAGGCAGCCUCCGCACCCCGCUGUGGCUCUCUGUCUGCUAGCUUAUCGAGCAGGCUCCGCUAGCCCCCGGGAGGCUGGUUGGCAACAGCAACGCCCGAUCCGAAUUCUCCCCUUAUUCCUUCCCAUUAGCCAUCCCCCUUCGCCCUUUGUUUAUCAGUCCAGGCUUGCUCCAAACGGAGGGUGAAGAAAAAAAUAGUGUCUAAUAUUUCGGACAUGACUUUCGUUCGAUGAUGUCAUCAAUAUUGCCGGACUGCAGCACUUGAAUAAACAUAACAACCGCGGUUUUAUAACUUUAAAAAGGUCAUGCUACAACACAAAGUCAUUACUUACAUUGGUUAAAUUGGUUCACAGCGCACCGAAGUGAAGAAAAGAGCUUCUUAGCGCGGCACGGUUUACUCUCACGAUAGUGGAGUUCUCUGUUUGGAGUGUGAAACUUAAAAAAAUAAUAAUCCCAGACAGGACUUCGACUUCAACUUCCACUUCAAAUGAAGGGGGAGGGCUAAGGGGAAGGGAGAAGGCGAGUAUUCGGAUUGGGCUCAAGAGAACCAUCACAAUUUCAAAGCAGGCUGGCGAUCUGUCCAGAGCGUAUUCCACCUUUGCCCAACAGUAGCCAGGACGAGCUCUGGCAACCCUGCAGCUCCAGCAGGUUAACAAAGUAGAUGGAAGUUAUGGACAAAAACACUCGCUUUGGAUUAGUAUUUUACCCACUGAUCGCAUCACUGGAAACGUCACAUGCCUAAAGCUAAGUCCCUGAUUGGUAGGUGAGACACAACAAGCUCACAAAAUUCAGAUAUUUGAACACAGAGUAAUGUGCCUAAACAAUCACUUCCUCACCACAGAACCUGACUCUGCCCCGCAACGGCGUUCUUAUCAGACUUGCUUAAGGCCAUGCAACUCAGAGCCUUGCCUAGCAGGGUGCGGUCCCAACCACUCUCACGUGAUGGAUUGUUUGUGCAGCACUAUAAGAAUGAGAACACUCUACUCUUGGUCAGAGAUCUCAAGACCUCUCUGCGUGUAUUAUUUUACCUUGUACUAAAUAAAAAAUCUGCAAACACACUUGAUAUUAUUUCUUUAUUUCCAAUGGAGCAGAGAUUUUUCCACUACAAUCUUGGUGUCAGAAGUGGGAUUCUAUGAUCGACAUGAAUAUAGAGAUUCAUCUUC